AGCGCUUGCACACGUCCAUACCGCAUCUCUUUUUGCAGCAGCUUCAUUUUAUUUGCUGUAUGAUCACCUAGCAUCACCAUCUCCACGGAUCCCGACCGAGACAACAACCUUGACCAAGUCGGGCGGGCCUUCAUCCCCAUCGCGUUCCGACGCGUAAAGUACUUUCGACACACGCGUCAUCAUUCGUCUUCUUCCACCACGAGCCCAGCAUUUCUCUACACUGUACAGCAAGUAUUUGCAGACUAGAUCACGGCAAAUAUAUCGCAUCAGCGACAUGGGCCACAAAAGGAAAGCAUCCACCCUCGGCGAGCCCAUAUACACCUACCACGGGCACCUGCACACAAGUCCCACCGCACCAUCAUUGACCUCCUCGCCCUCAACAUCGACAAGCACACUAUCCCCGACAAACGGCACUGCAUAUCCCUCCUGGAGUAUUAGCGUAGUCCCCUACCUUACGUCUCGAACACGCAAGAGAUACCGCGACGACAGGCCCGAGGAAGAAAUCAUCCACGAAAACACCCUGAGGAAACUCUACGAUGCUCAACGACUACACCUCGACGAAGCAUUGCCCAUGUGUGAAGUAUUCAAUCUCGAAGAGCAGGAGCAGUAUGAGCCGACACAAGAAGACGCAGAGAUGUCGAACGAACCUAUGCCUGAAUUACCACGGUCCGUCCAAGGCAGCCAAAGGACGAUUGAAGCGUUCUUCGGCGGGAGAAGCAAUACUAGUCAAGUCAGUCAUACGAGACUGGAUGUGGCGCACUCUCACACUACUGCCGCCCGAAAUCCACAGAAGCAGCAUUACAACUGUUCGGACGCGAUGCUUGACAUCCCUGGGCAGGAGCAGGCUGAUCAUUGGUCGAGGCUGGGAUGGACGUGAACGAAAUGAGGAUUGGAUAUGCACGACAUAAG